AACGAACGUAGGAACGAAGGAAGGAAUGAAGAAAGGAAGGAACGAAGGAAGGAACGCGGUCGGAGUUCGUUGCCGUUACCGGUCGCCCUUGCCGCCCACCAUGGCGAGGCUCCGGCUGGCCUUGGCCUCGCUCCUCGCCUACCUGGCCUCGGUCCUGGGUUCGGAGAGGACAUUUUUGCAAGUGACAAUCCCGCAUCGAGUCCCUUCGUAUGCCACUGCAAAUACGGAACAGAUGACCUUUAACAUCCAUAUAGACGGAAAAGUCUAUACAAUUCACCUAAACCAACAAUCCUUUUUAGCCCAGGAUUUCAGAGUGUAUACUUACAACCAUGCCGGAGCUAUUGUUUCAUUUAUCCCUUCCCUUGAGCGUGACUGCUUCUAUCAAGGCUACAUAGACGGUUUUGUGGAUGCCCUUGCAAUCCUCAACACUUGCGGUGGACUCAGUGGACUGUUGCAGUUCGAUAACAUCACCUACGGCAUUGAGCCGGUGGACUCGGCCUCCGGCUAUCAGCAUCUCAUCUAUCAGAUAGAAUAUAAUGAUGCCGACCUCCAAGUCACAGAAGAAAACUAUUCCAUUCAUUGGGGCACGGGGAUGAACCAAAGGGCAGACUCAGGAACACCAAUUAACUUCAGCACCAUGAGAUAUGUGGAAAUGCAUAUUGUGGUGGCCAAAGAUUUGUGUGACUAUAUGGGUUCGACGGAAGAUGUUGUGACAGACAAGAUCGCACAGAUUAUUGGUUUUGUGAAUGCUAUGUUUUACAAGCUCAACGUGAGGCUCGUGCUGUCCUCCUUGGAGCUCUGGGUCGACAGGGACAAAAUCCCCACCAAGGGAUCAGCCGAGGAUCUUCUGGAGAUGUUUAUGAGCUGGAAUCAGAACCACCUCAUUCUCCGACCCCACGACGUGGCCUUCUUAUUCGUCUACAGGAGCAAGGCCGAUUCAGUGGGAUCGAUCUUUGCGAAGAAUAUGUGCUUGAAACCCUCUUCCACAGGGAUUGCAAUGUUUCAGAAGGGGAUCACGUCGGAGACCUUCUCUGUGAUUGUCGCCCAGCUGUUGGGAUUCAGCCUGGGGCUCCACUUUGACAACUCGAGGCAAUGCCACUGUCCUGUCUCCAUCUGCUUAAUGGAUACCAAAGCCAUAGGGUCCGGUGGAGUCAAGGUCUUCAGCAGCUGCAGCCUCAAGGACUACCGGGAUUUCCUUGCCUAUGGCACGACCCAGUGCCUCCUGAACAAACCCCGCAUUGAUAUCGCCUACCGAGCUCCGACCUGCGGCAACAAAGUCGUGGAAGACGGGGAGGAAUGUGACUGCGGCUCCAUAAAGGAAUGUGAAGACAACAAUUGUUGCGAAUCCGAUUGCACAUUGAAAACAGGGAAAGAGUGUGCCUAUGGAGACUGCUGUGUGCUGGCGACGUGCAAGUUGAAAGCCAAAGGCACUGUAUGCAGAGAUGCUGGUGAUGCAGAAUGUGAUUUGAAGGAGUAUUGCAACGGUAACUCAUCCCUAUGCACGGACAAUUUCUAUGUUGAGGACGGACAGCUGUGCGACGGGGAGAAUGGGGUUUGCAUGAGCGGAGCCUGUCAAAGCUCGGAUCAGUGGUGCCGGCAGGUAUUUGGAAAAGACUCCAAAAGCGGGACUUCGCAGUGCUACGAAGAAAUCAACAGCCAAAAGGACAGGAUGGGACACUGCGGUUCCAGUGCACGCGGAUACGAGAGCUGUCAGUGGCAGGAUCUCAAGUGUGGCAAGCUAGUGUGCCUAUACACAAGCAAAAAGCCAUUUGCCAUUGAAAACGCAGCUAUCAUUUAUGCCAAGGUUCAGGACCAAAUCUGUGUCACCUUGGACUACAUGAAGGGACUGGGAGUGAAGGAUCCGUUCCUGGUUCACGACGGGGCCAGCUGCGGAAAGAACAAGAUCUGCAUGAACCAGAGGUGUGUGGACAGGUCUGUUUUAAAACUGCUUUGCAAUAAAGAAACCGACUGCAACAAUAAUGGACGAUGCAACAACCGAGGGAAUUGCCAUUGCGACAUGGGAUGGGCCCCUCCGGACUGCAAGAUAGAAGAGGAGGGAGGAAUCGGAGGCAGCAUCGACAGCUCAUUCCGAAGCGGUUCCGCUCUUAUAGCCGAACGCCGUAGAGUGACCGUCGUCAUCAGGAACUGGCUCCUGAUUUGCUUCUUCCUUUUCCUACCCAUCAUUAUCGGCUCUGCCGUCUUGAUCAUCAAGCUGAGAGACAUUUUCUCAGGUCUGAAAGUGGAGGAGGAGGUCGAAGAUGAAGGUGAAGGUGAAGGUGAAGAUACCGAAGGUUCUAGAUCGCAAGAUGCAGACCUGUCCGAAAAUGCAAGUGUAUAGAAAUGGAUGGACAGACAUUGCUGACUUGGUGGCUGGACUGCCGAAAGCCUUUUCUCUUAUCCUGACAGUGCAAACCCACAACAGUUUAAUGCGACUGGCCCUCUGUUGUGUAGUAUAAUUAUUCAAGCCCAUUUGGCUUGCGGCUACUCAGAUUAUAACAAUAAAGAAGACUUCAUUCUUAAAAGUAAAUGUAUGCGGUCUA